GUUUUGGUUGAAGACGAUUGGCUGAUAAGUAGGUCAUAUUGUGUUUUCACCUAUCAAGGUAGGUCAGCGAGGCCUGUAAUACAUAUAUGUGCCCCGAUGUAUUAAAUUUUUACAGUACUAAUCAUGGUUAUUUCAUGUGCAUAAUAUUAAAACGAAUAUUGAAACAUACUCGCAAUAAGGGAUUACAUCUAUAUGACCUAUUUUGUUGUACACAAUCGAUUUUGUUCUCGGAGAAUAACAAGAUUUGACCUUGAGGUGUAUUGGUUAUAUAACAUAGCAAAUAUGGUGUUCAUGCUGAUUUGACUAGAAACAACUAGAUAAUAUACAAUUAUUUAGAUUGAGUGACCCGUUGACUGUUUUUUUCUUUAAUAGACUACAUGUAGGUUUUAUACAGAUUGUAUCAUGCAUCCUAAAACCAAAUCAUGGAAACCACAUCAAAAUGUCAUAGACAAUUCAUCUUUCCAAAAAUUGGGACAGGUUCAUUGUCCUGGUGUAGGGUCUUAAUGCAAACGACAUGUAUAUCCGAGAGUCUGAGUGAUAGACCAUAAGAUUUGUAUUUUACAACUACUUGUUAGGUGUUAAAAUAACGAUAUUUUAGCAUGAGGUUAAACACAUUAUAUUAAGAACAUCUUUAAACUAAAUGAAUCUUCCAAACCUCAACAAAUACAAUAUUUGUGUGUCGAUUGUUGUGUUGCAUUUGGUUAGUUGCUGGCAUCAAGCGUGUUCCAUUUAAUGGGUGUUUUGUAAAAAGAGAAACGAAUAUGAAAUAUCUAACUCAUGGGAGAGAACAAAAACCUUAAAGCUACAUGUCAACAACAAUGAGAUGUCUUCUUUUCCAUGUUCAUAUAAUACCACCAUGUAACAGAAAGUGUGAACCACGAUUUUAAAGUUUAGUUGGUAAUUACAAAUUACCAAUGAAUCAUACAUACACACAAAUAAUGGUGCCGACACCAGAAAGACCUCCAGAUAACCUCCAGACAUAUCUCUUACUGUUUGAUAAAGGAUCUGGAAGUCCGAGAGUGAACUAUUUUAUGAUUGAUCCUUCUGCACCCAGUUUAAUUUUACCUAAAAUGAACACGAUAAUAUUUAAACGUUUGGGAAAUAUAAGUGGAUAUAAAACUGCUGUGGUGAACAAUUGUUUGUAUGUUAUUGGUGGAAAGGACUGGACAACCGGUGACUAUUUGACCAGUGUCCGAAAAUUCAACCCUAUGACCAACAAGUGGGCAGACCAGUCUCCAAUAAAGACUCCCAGAUGUCGCUUCACAGCCACCGUCUUGGAUGGAUUUAUCUAUAUUGUAGGGGGAGAAAGUUUAAGAGGAAGAGUCACAGAAUCUGUAGAAAGAUAUGAUCCCAAGAAAAAUAUUUGGAUGGACCAAGCUCCAAUACCACGACCACGAGCUGAUCAUGCCACAUGUGCUUUAAAUGGCCAUCUGUACGUAUCCGGUGGUAUCAGCAACUUACGUCACAACUGUUCCAAUGUAUUUUGGAUGUAUGAUCCAGUAGAAAAUACGUGGUGUGAACCGUUAGAAGGAAUAGCACUACCACAAGAACGCGAUAAACAUAAUAUGGUGGCAGUAGGAAUUACUAAAAUAUUUAUAUUAGGAGGCCGAGGUUUUGAUAAUGAAACUAUAUCAGAAAAAGAUGAAAAUCAAGUAUCUAAUUAUAAUAUAGAUGGUUUUGAGUUUUCUGAUAAACCUGUUUGGGAUAAUGAACAUCAAGAUAUGAAACAUCCUAGAAGUAAUGCCGCUGCCGUUAGACUAGGUAGAAACAUCUGGAUGAUCGGAGGUAAAAGUUCGAGUAAUGGAGAAGAAGUUAAAAUGGUGGAAUAUUACGAUACAAACAGACGGCGAUGGAGUGAAGCGUUUCCUCUUAAUGGUGGAAAUUUAGCGAAUCUAGAAUAUUGUAUAUUGAAAAUACCAACUAAGAAUAAAGAAUUUGAGUGUAUUGACAAUUUAAUGUAUGAUAAGUGGAUAUUAUGGUGACAAUAGUUUUAACAAUAUGUCCGUCACAAGUUAGUUGGAACAUAAAACUUAUUAAAUCAUGUAUUAAUUAAAUAAGAAACAGGGUGGCAUAUGGAUUCAAAAGGCUGAUAUUUUAAUGUCUGCUUAUAUGUCUACUUAUGUUACACUUGUAAUUAUAACUUCAUUAGGUCAGUGUUUCCUCCUUAAACUCUCGCUCGCCUGUCUAACCUCGUGGGUUUUCUCCGGGUCCACCGGUUUCCUCCCACUGUUAAAGACCCCUACUCGCAAGCGAAUUAUUGAAAUAAAAUCGAACCAUAUGUUUGUCCCAAAAUGACAUAAUUUGUGCCGAGUGGACGUUAAACUCUCUCUCGCACUAUAAUAGUUAAAAACUAGAUAAUGUAAAAGCAAUUUGCUGAAAAGUUCAUUCAAAUUGAUCCACUAUGAACCAAGAACUAAGCGAUUGAAUUUUUCCGCAUAGCCUCGGUCAUCAUUACUAAAAAAGUCAGUACGAUAAACAGCAUAGUCUCGAUUAUCGUGAAUGAAAGUUAUGCAGUAAAUCGGCUCAUAAUCCACUAAAGAUCGCAGGCUAGCGAUAUCAUCUAGAGUUGAGUAUGGUCUGGAUAGGUUAAUUAAUGUCUAAUUAAUAAUUUAGAUAACAUUUCAGGCCCAAAGAAAGACCUGCAAUAGACAGAUUUAGCUCUUGCAUAAUGUAUGUUUAACAUUUUUGAUUUUGAUUGUAUGACAUUUUGUGUAGUUGUUUGUAAAAGCAGAAUAUUACAUAUAAAAUGUGCUGUAAUGACCCCAAAACAUAAAUUUAAUGAAAUCUUUCUCGAUAGCUUUAAAAGAUGAUGAUUUGAUACUGACUAGAGAAUAUGUGGAAUGAAAAGGUGUGAUGGGCUCAUUUUAUAAUAGUUAUAUUGUACAUUCAGAAAAUUAUUGUUACAAUUAUAAUUGGUUAAUUUGUUUUAUUGAAUUAAAUAUAUAAAUAAC